AUGAUUUUUUUCAAUAUCAAUUCCUUUUUAACCUUGAUCGCUUCAAUGUGCCUUCUAACCUAUGCUACAGCAUCUGUUGUGGAUAAUAGCACAACACUAUUAAACGAUACCGAUGAGGCAGCCGCACAAUACUUCUCACCAGCUCCCGGAAACCCUUACCUCACUGCUGAUGACUUAUACAGGCCCUAUAUCACUUUUCAGUUAUUAAGUCAAUUGUAUGACAAUCAUCCAACAAAAGACAUAUCUUUAAUGACUCCAAACAAUGAAACAGGCAUUGUAGCUAUUCGUAACAUUGACGUCACAAAUUAUUCCGAAUUAUACGAGGAAGGGUCUGACGAGGUGUACAGUUACAUUGAUAUGGAACUUUUUAGUGAGUUGAAUGCUCUGUUCACGGGUACAAAUAUUUCUAAUAUGACUUUCGAAAAUUUUGAGAAAAGAUAUUACAGGGAAAUGGCUGUUGAUUCUUAUAAGAAGGCUAAGUCUUAUAUAGUCAGCACCAUCGACAAAGGAAGUGAUUCUAGUUUUUGGCUGUCUGCUAUUUCUUUAGCUGAUAGCCUUUCGACCAUUGUAAGUAAUAUUUACGGCUUUGUGACCGAUGGUUCGUCAAAUAAAAAGCACUCUUCAACUCAAAUAUGUGGCUCCUAUUCUAACACCGUUAAAGUUGAUGGCAAAGAAGUUGAUUACAUAGUUUACAAGUAUUCAAAAAAUGGUCAUGGUUGUAACUUUGCAAAAGGUACUGACUUGGAAGUUGUUUUGAUAGAAGCUAUUGAUACCAAGUUUCCAAGAGGUACAACAUCAGCGUGUGUCACUUUAUACCAUGAUGGAUCUACAGUUGCUUAUGCCAAAUUCAUUAGACAUAAUAGUAAAAUAGCUUUCAAUGACGUUGCUUGCGAAGCUAUUUCCGGUUGGGGUGCACCAGGCUCUGUAGCUGGUACUGUAUCUGCCUAA